AUGGAAGACAAUGAAGACUGCGGAACUAAGGACAUACAGUUUGGCUUCCGACGUUUUCGAGCACCUGCAAAACGAAUCUACGCGAAUCGGAAUGUCUUUCUCUUGGAUGUCCCGCCGAACCCAAUUGCUAGCUGGCUAUUAUUUUGGAUGCCGCAGCUCGUCCGCUGGCUACAGCGAUUACUACCAGAGUGGUUCUUGCCGACAACUGUUAUUCUAAAGGAGCGAAACCCCACCAAGGCUGAUAGCUACGAAAACGAAAUCGAUACAUACCUGCAUCUUCGAUCCCUCCAGGGUACCCACAUCCCGCGUUUGUUUGGUGAAGUAACCGUUAGCGACCCCCACGCGCAGAGAUACCAGAUCAGUAAGCGACCCACUCCUGCUAUCCUCCUAGAAAACGUCGAAGGAGUAUCGCUAUACAAUCUUCCAACCGAAGAGCUAGGGAAUCCUCGCCUUCUUGAGGAACUCGAGGAUAUGUAUAACCUACUUACGGAAAAAGGGGUUGUUCAUGGGGAUCCAAAGCUCCACAACUUUCUACGUGUUGAUAAGAAGAUCGUUGCUAUCGACUUUGAGUUGUCCUACCCUCUUCCUAGUGAUAUAACGAAUGAGCAUGAAUUGGAGGAAUUAAAGAGCGAGAUUAAGGAACGGGAAAAGCAGGCACAGGAGGCAAAAUUGGAACGUCUCGUCCCGGGCCCUGUCAUUGUAAAUGGUUUACGGGUACGAAAGAGGACGGAUUUGCCGCCUUCCGGCACAACGACCCAUAACGAGCAGAGGGGUGACGAGGGGCUGUCUACCCUGGGAGCUCAGCUACCUAAGGUGUGUUCUCGGCACGGGCGUGUUGGGCCGCGGCCGGGAACGACAUAUGGUGGAUGA